AAUGCGAGUGAUCCUAUGGUUACUUUAUGAUGGAGCUUUUCUGAGUUAUGAAACAAAAGAACUGCCUAUUGGUCGAGCUUUGAAAAUUCCUUCAUUAAGCAAUCCUAGAUACUAUGCUAUAAACUUUGAAAUUUCAGCAGAAGGAAAUAAACCUCCAAAGGUUUGUAAUAACACCAAAAGUACAUUUGGUUCACCUACUAUAAAUAGGCCAAAUGGUGGAGGAGAUUACUUAAAUCUAAUUUUACAUCCAAGUUUCCCUUGCCCUGGAUAUAUAGUAAGCUUCAAAAUAUUUCGAAAAGUAACUGGAAUAGGUUUUAUUGGAAUUUGGAGACCAGUUCCAGACCAAGUCAAUCCUCUUAAAUUCAAAUUGCUCCAUAUAAUUCAAAUAGAAAGUGGAACAGCAUUAACAGAGAAAACUGUAACUCUCUUGAAGCCUUUGCCUAUAGAAAAGGAUGAUGUCUACAGUGUUAUUCAUAAGAAGAACCAUAUGCAUAUUAUAGCAAAUGAUUAUGCUCAAACUGACUAUCCUUCAGUAUACUCUGAGGAUGUCUUUUAUGAAAAUGUAUAUGUCGGUUUUGAACUAAAUUGUGGAAAUUCACAAUUUCUAAACAGAAUUUACUCAAUUGAAUUCACAAUUGAUAAAGAUUCAAAUUUAAAUAUCAUAAAAAGUAAUUUGGCAAGAGGAAAGCAAUCUUUUCAAAGCUCUAUUGCAUUUUUCAAUAAUCAUCUAUAUAAACCAGAAUAUGCAAAUGAUGAACACAUUGAAAUUGGUGAUAAGGAUAAAUAUUUUAAAUGUUCAAAAACUGCUGAACAACCGGAAAGUACGUCAUGGUGGUCAAUUGAUUUGGCUAGUGUUUAUGAAAUUACUGAAAUUUGCUUGCUGAAUAUAGACAGUGAUGAGGAAUAUUUGAAACUACAAAAGUUUACAAUUUCAAUUUUCAAUGAUUUGGAUGAUAAUACAGGAAUUUCGAAAUACUUUCAAGGACAAGUAAACAGGCCAAUUUCAGUUGAUAUUGAUGAUUAUAGCUGCUAUAACAUAAAUAGCACAGUUGGAUCAAUUGUUAAAAUAGAAUUAACAACACCAAAUACAUCAUUAAUAAUUUGUGAUGUAAUUAUCUCUGGAAAAUAUUUCAGAAAUUCAAAAUUCAAUUUAUUGAAUUUUUAUGAUAUUAAAAGAACUGAAAGUGGAGGACAACAUUUGAAUUUUUUCAAAGAGAAUGCAUACGACAGAAAUUAUUCAACAAAAUUUCUUUCGAUAAUAGAUGUUGCUGUUGAAAAUAUUCAAUCAUACCUUCUAAUUGAUAUGGCAAAAAUUAAAGCUAUGUUCUAUAACAAUACUGCUGUGGACACUCUUACAUUGAAUUCAUUAACUGAUGAUAUUUAUUACAAGAAUGACACAUUUUGGUUUGAACCUAUGGAAAAUCUACGAAUCUUUCCUAAUGGUUUGUCUUUAUUAAAAGUAUUCAAUAUUGCAGUUGUCAGUAAUUCAAUUGCUACGUUUACUACUGUCAUGAGAAAUUUACUAGAAAAUCGAGGUUAUAACGUUCAUUCUAUUACUAUAAAGUAUAAAAAUACUCAUACCUACUGUAUGAAAUUCCCACUGGAACUCAUUGAUUAUCUCUAUAUGUAUUCACAAAAACUACAUGGUUUGAAUGAGAUUGACCUACUUUUAAUUCCAAAAUUCUCUUUUAUCGGUUGGUUAUAUUAUAACAUUAGGGUUAACCCUAACCCUAACCCUAACACUGAAAAAUAG